AUGCCCGAUGGGUAUCAUAGUCCCACUAAUGCCAUCAGAAAGAGAGUAAUAACCAGAGCUGAGCUCGCUAGGCAUACAUCCAAGCACGAUGCAUGGAUUUCUGUUCAUGGUGUGGUAUUAGAUGUUAGCAAGUUCAAGGAGGAGCAUCCUGGGGGAGAGAGCAUCCUCAUGCUCCAUGUUGGUACUACGGGAGGCGUCUUCUACAUGGAGAUCAUCUUCGCAACAGCGACCGUCGCUGCUGUGGCGGUGGGUGUGUUCAACUUGAUGAAGAAAGCAUCGAAGUGA